AUGUUGAUCGGAUUAAGGGCCAAAGAUAAACUUGGGUUCAUCCAUGGCACAUGCAAAAAGCCAGUAGAUACCUCUCCAGAUUCUGAGAAAUGGCUCAAGGUCGACAGCAUGGUCAUCUCUUGGAUACUAAGUUCUAUGUCAAAAGAAAUAGUAGAAGCUUUUCUAUAUGCAUCGUCUGCCAAGGAUUUAUGGGAUGAGCUUGCCCAGAGAUUUGGUGAAAGCAACGGUCCCUUGAUAUAUCAAAUCAACAGAGAGAUAUGCUCUCUUAGCCAAGGUAAUAUGUCUCUCAUAAAUUACUUCACUAAGCUCAAAAAGCUUUGGGAUGAACUAGCUUGUCUCGAGCAAUUUCCAGUUUGUGAAUGUGAAGCCUCAAAGGAAAUUGCAGAGAUGGAAAAUAAUACAAAAUUGAUUCAGUUCCUUAUGGGAUUGAACCCAUCUUAUGACCAUGUCCGCAACCAAAUUCUGCUCAUGGACCCAUUCCCACCUGUCAACAAAGCCUACUCUAUGGCUUUGCAAGUUGAAAAACAGAGAGAGAUCAACACUUUUUCCCUUGACAGCACCGAAUCAUCCCUAGCCAUGCUGGCAAAAGGAUUGAGCUCCAAAAGAAUCCAUGAAGGCAACAAAAAUCAAAACAAAAGGAAGGAUGGAAUCAAGAAAGAGGAUAAAUACUGUGAGCAUUGUAAGACAACCAGCUACUUCUCGGAAAGCUACUUUAAAAUCAUUGAAUACCCGGAAUGGUAUAAAGGACGAAGAACCACACCAUCUGCUAAUCUAGCAAAUACAACUUCUUAG